AUCUUGAGCUGGCCGAGCUGUUUACUUUGCACAACGGAAAGCUCGCGCCAACGUCGCUUCCUCUUCCUGCUUUGCAGGCGCUGCAAGGGAAGCUCCAGAGGGGAGGGCGAGACGCGAAGGGGCUGCCCGUGCCUGCCCCUCCCGUCCUCCGGCCAGCCUACCUAGCUCGGGUCGCGUUGGGAAGUCGCUGGGAGGAGGAGUCCAGCUGCCGGAGCGGGAAUGAGGCCUCGCUCCUCUCCAGAGAAAGGGGCAGGUCGCUUUGACACGGGUCUUCGGCAGCUGCCCCUAUGAAUCGGGAGCGGAGGUCGCUGCGGGACUCAAAGCCCACGGGGUAAGUUUGCAGAUUCCGGGUGUCGUUGGCGUCGCUGGCAGGCAGAGGCCGUCGAAUAAGCUGGCGGGUGGCGAAGCUCUUGAGUGCUUCGUAAUUCCCUUUUAAUCGGACUUUUACCCGCUGUAGGAUAUUGAUUUUCCGAAGCAGCCCUCCCACCUCGGGACAUUACUUUCCCGUUGCUGUACAGACACGCGCACGGCAUCUUUUGCUUUGGACCACUUGGAUACACUUCCAGCGCAAAUGCAAUCCAUCCUCCGUACUACAUAGGCUUAUUGCGCUGCGAGUCCCGAACGAUUGCAGUGAGGCUUAGCUUCUAUGUAAGUGUGGGCAGGGUUUUACUCUAUGGAAGUUUCAUGUGCAUCUCGAUGGGCUGGGGCUUCCUUCCAAGUAAUAUAACCAGUCCUAUCUGCCAGGCAUAAAAUACGUGCGUAAAACCCAUACCUAAAGCUAUGGUAUAUAAAUAUAAAUAAAUAGAUAGAUAGAUAGAUAGAUAGUAAUAGUUCACCUAUCUCUAUAUUUUUCCUCUUACCAGGGAAUAAAAUGUAGAAUGAUUCUGCCACUCAGUUUAGUCUGAAUUUUGUCUUAUGUCUGAGAAAGUGUUCUGUCAACACAGGUUUUACAUUUAGAUUUAAUGAGAGCCUGCUGUUUUUGCAUCAGUCCACAUUUAUAGUAGCUCUGCAGUGGGUGUCCAAAAUUGUAAGUUCUUCUUGGACCAGCAACGACCAGCCCUGUAUAUUCCUUUCAUAUCUGCAUUAGGCUGCUAUUCUAAGGUUACCAGACACCCCCGUUUCCCGGGGACAGUCCCCAGAUUUACAAAUCAGUCCCCUGACAAAAUCCUAUCAUUCUGACUCAUUUCAGAGUGAAGUGUCCCCAGAUUCAUUGAAAACAAUCUGGUAACCUUAUGCUAUUCACCAGCAUGAUAAAGACCACUUUGAGUACCCUGUGAGUGACCUUGUGGGCAUGUCUGUGCAAGCUUUUUAUGUUGGUAUUGGGUGAAUGCAAACCCCUUCCUAAUCCCAUAGUGCAAUCUGGGAAUCUCAAUAGAAAAGAGAAAGGAGUGAUACUAAUGGGUGAAACUGUAUCAGGAAGGAAGAUCUUCUGUUCUCAGGAACUGCUUGCCUGCUCCCCAGUUUUGCUCUAAAUCUGGACUCUAAUACAGAAUUCUGCAAAACUUAUAUUUAUAUUGCAAGUUUCUAGCCCUCCUGAUUUCUGGCAGAAGUAUCUGAAAAUAGAGUGGUGUGCAACAGGCAGGAGUAAAUUUUGCAAUCAAGGGUGUUUUUUAAAAUAAAAAUUAUAUGAUGCUCAUAACUUAUUCCUCAAAACACCUAAUUUUGUACCACACUGCACCUGGCUUAGAAUACAGUGGUACCUCAGGUUACAAACUUAAUCCGUUCUGGAAGUCCAUUUGCAACCCAAAACUGCUCGUAACAUGAGGCGCGCUUUCACUAAUGGUGCCUCCUGCUGCCGCUGCGUGACUUCCACUCGCAUCCCAGGGCAAAGUUCACAACAAGGGCCACUUACUUUUGGGUUAGUUGAGCUUGUAACCUGCAGCGCUUGCAAGGAGGACGGUACGUAACAAGAGGUUCCACUGUACAUGUUUCUGUUUCUUAUCAAAUAAGAAUGGUUUUUUAGUUAAAAUGAAGAGCUUUUUGGAUAAACUUUCUGUAUACCAACUUGCAAAUUGUUUACUCUACUGAUGGUUACAUGAGAAGGUGAGGUCAUUGAAUAUGAAAGUGUUAAGGUCCUAGUAGUCCCAUUAAGAUGGCUGAACAUGGAUUGGCUGUGUACCUACAUACAUAUGGAAGGGCAUAUGAAGCAUUCUCUGGAGCAACAUGGCUCAUGUUAUCUCAAACAUUCUCUGUGUUUUUCUGUUUUCUUAAUGAUGGAUAAAUGCACAAUGGGUUUUAAUGGUAUAGCAAUCUGGAAGAUAUUUAGUGUGAUACCAUCAAGCAACAUUUUUUGCCAUGCCACUUUUGCACAUUUUUCCAUGCCUUAGUAAUUUUAAUUACUUAUUUUUUCCCAGUUUAGACAAUGAAGAUAGCCAGACAAACAGGCCCUGCUACUUGGAACCUUGGAUCGUGAAUCUUCUUCUGGAGUACAAGGAUUGUGAAGCCAGAGAAGAGGGUCAACUUGGGCAUGUCCUGAGGGUAUAUUCAUGUGACUUUUUAAGCAGUGAUGAAUGGGGAACUCUUAAUUUUUAAAAUAAAAUAAAAUUCCAUACUCCCCUUCCUCCAAGGAGCUUAGAACAAUGUCUCCACCCUCACUUUACUCUUUACAACAACCCUGUGAGGCGGUGCUUCUCAAGCUAUCUUGAAGUAUCCAACCCAACCUGGGCUGUGGUGAAGUUACCACAGAUCAGUAGCUGAUGGCUCACAGACCUGCCCCAGUCUAUGUACCACCACUUUGAGUGGUUCUGCUCUGAGGUUCAUUAUGCAGAGUGAGCGAGAGAGCAAGACUGGCAGAAAGCUUCAUAGCAGAGUAGGGAUUUGAACCUGCAUGUCCCAUGUCCUGGUUCAACACUCUUACACCACAGUAAUGUGGACAUAAUUGCUGCUCCUGCUGCUCCUGAGGAAGUGGCUAUGUUCUGCCUUCUGAAUCCAGAGGAGACCUUUUGCUUGAGCAUAAGAGUUGCUUUAUAUUAGAGCAAUCUCAUGCAUGCUUGCUCAGAAGUAAGUCCCUCUGUGUUUAAUGGAGCUUACCCCCAGGAAAUGAGAAUAGGAUUGCAGCCUAUGUGCCUUAUAGCCGGAGCUGCAAUGUUUAAGUUGGUUGAUCAGUUAGAUUAAUUACAAUAUUUUGAUUCACUAAAAUGGUGCCCCUGUUUAGUUGGGAAGCAGAUUGAAGUCCCCCCCCCCAUUCCUACCAUUUUGUCUUUUAAUACAAGUACUUGUAAAAAUUGGAAGUCAGCACAUACCAGCUUAGAAGAGAGUUUUUCUUCUUGUUAGGAGACUGAUCUUUUUAAGAUGAUUCCUGUUGCAACAGGAGUAUUCAUCCUCUGAAAAAUGGGAAGUCCCCUGCUCCCACAACUAUUGCUUUUUUCUCAUAUGCUUAUCUAAAUUGCCGUACUGUGGCUUUCAAAACUUUGUGGGUCUCCAUAUCUUCCUCAUCCUGCCCCCGCUCCCCACAAAAAUGAAUGAAAGACUCUAGAGUGGCUUGGUCCCUAUUUUUAAUAUGUGUGGGAAAUACCUGACUUCUUUUCCUGCCUUAUCUCCCAAUUUAUUGCUAGGUUCUAAAUGAAACAAAGGCUCUAGAUCGUGAUGAGCAGCUUCCAGCAGCUAUUCUGUGCGUCGCAGAUGGGCAUCAUUAUAUCCAAGUGGAUGUUACAGCCAAAGCUGUUCAGAUGACAAAAUGGUAAUUUUUACACUAUGUAUGAACUACAUUUAUAUCUCAGCUUUCUGUCAAUAGGCUUAAGGUGGUGUAAAUAGUUCUCCUCACUCUACAUUUCAUCCUCUGAACAACCCUGUGAGGUACCUUAGUCUGAGAGACAGUGAGUGGCCCAAAGUUGUCCAGUGAGCUUCCUGGGUGAGAGGGGAUUUUUACCCAGGUCUCCCAGGUCCUAAUCACCAAAUUUGCCGGGGUGAAAUUGGUGUUUGGGUAAACAGCCUACUAUAGGGAACCUUAUAGAGUACCAAUAAAUAUUGGUGGUUCCAAACUGCUCUCCACCCUUGUUUCUAUCUUGCUGAGCUUGUGGCAAGCACUUAAGAAAAAUGGAAAUGUUUUGAGGGCCUGUCACACAGCCUUUAAAAGCAAACAAACUCACUAGUCUAAAAUUAAAAUAAUAUUCAAACAAAAAAUAAAAAGUAUUAAAAUAAGCAAGGGAGACUUUGGGGAGAUGGAUUACAGUGUUUUAAUGAUAUGAAUUUUGAAGAUAAUUAUUUUAUACUAAGCAGCCCACUACAAUGCAUAAUUCUUAAGAAAAACUAAUUAAAAUGGUUUCAUACUUCUCUUAGUUGUGCUGAUGUGGAUACAUUGCCAGUUCAAAUCACUAAUCAGUUGUUUUAUGGAGGUCAGUGACUUCAUCGUCCAGUGUUAAAGCAACUCUCUUUGGUGGCCCAAGUGACUGUAUUCUUUCACUAAAUUGUGCAAUCCUUAGUUUAGCUAGCUUUUAAAUUAACACUGUCAUGGGCCCUGCCACAAUAGAUUUCUGAGAGGCUUAGGUAGUGGUGACUUGGUUUUAUCUACAGAGCACCUUGCUUUGGUUAGAGAACCUUGUUAUGGUUCCUUGUGUUUUUCAUUUUUAUUACUGCUUUGGGGUUUUAAACCACUUUUAGGAUUUUUCUUAGAAUUAUGUGAUGUAUAAAUUUUAUGAAAUACUCACCAUGCAUGUACAAAAGCUAGCACAUUAGCAAUCUGCAUAACAUUCUGUGCCAAGCAAUCUAAAAUUCUGUGUUAGAAAAUCUACCAGAAGUCUCAUAACGCAAGAAUGCCAUUUUAAAAAUUAACUUUAGACCUUUCAUGCAUUCUUCACUUUUUAAGACACACAAGAGAGCCUAUGGUAGACAACCAGUUGUUAAUUUCUAUUUGCAGAGCAUGUAGCAUGGAAGAGUAAAUUCCAUAAUAUUUUAGGUCCUGCAUACAUAAUUACUCUAUUCACUCUGAGACAGUGUAAGUUCUGUUCUUAGAAUAAUUUUUGCAAACCAAUAUGUGCACAUUUGCAUUUGCACACUGUUGGCAAACUUCAUUCUGCACUUUCCACAUGGGCUUUUGUAGAACUUGAAAGAUCUCCCCACCCCGCCCCCUGAGCAAUGUAGUGUGAGGAGGGAGCGACAUAUGGGUGAGUGAUGAGCAAUAUGUGUUCCUAGCUAAAGGAAAGUAAGGACUACAUAAUCUCGGUCACACAGAGCACACUACUUUCAUGAUUAUAUUAUUUUACUGUAUUUUGAUGUAAACUACCUGCAGCCUUUGAAUGAUGAUGUACAAGUAUUUAAAAAUAAAUAUAUUCUCGAAACAUAUCUUUGUUGUUAUCUACAGUCUUUGUUUUUGGAUUUCCCUAUUUUAACAACGGAAGCUGAAAGUUUCAGUAUUCUGAGGAAAUGAAUGGAUUCUUCCAAAUUUUGCUUGGAAUUGCAGCCUUUUCGACAAUGUGGCAAACUAUUGGGCAUGGCUAUCAAUACAUGUUUCUUUCUUUCUUUCUUUUUUAGUGCUCUACCCCAGUCUGGAUUUUCCAGUAUUGUUGGCCAAUUCAUCGUCCUGCAGAAUUUUAGGGUUUGUUUUAAAGAAGAAGCUAAAGUGGUAAGGCACAUGAAUAUUUAUUAUUUAUUAUUUAAGUUAUUAUUGUUUAUACCCCACGCUGGCUGGGUUUCCCCAACCACUCUGCGCAGCUUACAACAUAUCUAAAAACAUAAAAAAACCAAUCCGUAAAAAACUGCAUUGCUUCUCCCAGUUAUCUGCAGGUUGGUCCUAACCAUGCUCAGCUGAACCUGGGCAGUCGAGAUCACGAUUAUACUGAGUUUCUUACUGUGGGAAGGAGUCUAACCAUUUAAAACUGAACGUGACUAGAAUCUUUGCACUCAGUGCACAAAGGUCAGGAGUGCAACCAGUGAGCAGAGACACUGAAGCCUUACGGCUUGUGUGUAUUCUCACACCACACUUUUAGCUCACAUGCAUUCACCCAGAUGCCUCUAAAGGACUGUUGGUUUUAGGAAAGUCUGCUGCCUACCAUGGGAUUAUGCCACUGAGGUAAUAGGAAGCUGGGCCUGCAGGAUACCAAAUUAUUAGAGAAUUUACCGUAUUUUUCUGUGUAUAAGACUAUGCUUUUUCGCUUUUUUAAAAAGGCUAAAAUUGGGUGUCGUCUUAUACAUGGAUAGUGAAUGCAGAGGCGGGUGUGCGAUUAAUGGCAGCAGCAAGCAGGAGAUUGGCAGUGGUGAUUCGGCGGGCGAUUGGUGGCUGUGGCAAGACUUGAUGUGAUUGGCUGUGACUGUGGCAAUUGGGCAGGCGAUUGGUGGCUGCAGCAAGUGGGCGGGUGGGCUGUUGGUGGUGGCGAGCGGGCAGAGAAUUGGCGACUGUAGUGAGCUGUGCUAUUGGCAGUGGCUGUGGCAAGUGAUCGGCAGUGGUGGCAGGUGGGUGAACAAUUGGUGGAAGUGACCUCCCCCACCCCACCAAAAAGCUAAACAACUUAAUUUCUUAAUUUUGGGUUAAAAGAAUAGGGGUCAUCUUAUACAUGGGGGCGUCUUAUACAUGGAAAAAUAUGGCAUUUCCCCAUAUUUCUUCAGUGAUGUUCAUUUCUAGCAUCUUUUGCCAUCUUUGUUUGAAUUAAUUCACUUUAUUUUCUUUACUGGCUAUCCGUAAAAUUUGCAGAAUUUGGCAGCCAGCUUGCUCACCGGACCAAGACGGUUUGAGCAUAUUACCCUGAUUCUGGCCCAACUGCACUGGCUGCCAAUUAGUUUCCUUCCCAAUUCGAAGUGGUGGUUUUGACCUAUAAAGCCUUAAAUGGCUCAGGACCACAGUAGCUUAAGGACUGCCUCUCCCCAUAUAAACCAACCUGGAUUCUGUGAUCCUCAUCUUUAUUUGUGUGCCUCCCCAACCAGAGGUCUGGAGGGUGGCAACACAAGAACGGGGUCUUUUUUGCAGUGGCUCCCCAUUUGUGGGAUGCUCUGCCUAGGGAGGUUUCGGCUGGCGCCUUCAUUAAACCCCUUUAGGCACCAGGUGAAAACAUUCGUCUUCAACCAGACCUUGGGCUGAUUAACAUCUUAUACUCUCUUUUAAAUGUGUUUGUGGGAGCUGGUGGGGGGAUGGGGGAUAUUGGUUUGUGGGGGGGCAGGGUUUGGUUGUUACUUUUAUUAUGUAUUUUGUGUUUUUAUAGUGCAUUUGUAUGUUGUGUAAUAAAAUAAUAAAUAAAAUGAAACACCUACCAUUAAUCAGUUAAAAUCUAUGUACAGUAAUUGGAUUGCACCCUCAGUUUUCUUUACCAAAAUUGCCUUUGUUUCCUCUGACCAGGCCUAUGAUGAAAAAAAAUGUCGUUGACAUCACCUCAGACUCUGUUAUGAGUCUAAUACACCAUAUUACGAAUCUAAUACACCAUUGAAUCUAAUGUGCACCUCAAUUUUCAAAACCUUGAAACCAAAAAAGUAUUUGCUGGCAAUUGAAAAUGUGCCAUCAAAUCAAAUGUGCACCUUAAUUUUGCAAAAAAAUGUGCACAUUACAUUCCAGUAAAUACGGUACUUAGAAUCAGGUGCAGCUGUAUUGCCUCACAUAAAUUGGCGGGAAAACAUGUGAAGGCCUCAGCCAGCCUCCACAGGUUGGCUUGUAGUUUAUCUGUGGUAUUAGGGUUCAUCUGCUCCUCAGAAGUUCUGCUAGGAUAAUAGUCAGGGUGGGACUCUUGAGUCGGUUGACUUUUCUCCUGACGCAGAAGGCUGUCUGGCACAAACCUUUGUCUGAUUUGAGUUUGUGAGCAUUCUGAGUGUCUGCCAUCUUUAAGGCAGAAGAAGUAUCAUUGUGAGGUGACUUCUCCCACCUCCUUUUUUAAAAUUGAUACAGCAUUAUAGUCUUGUGAAAGCACACUCUCUUAAGGUGAGUUUGUGAGUAGUUACGUCCUGAAAAUGGGGGCGGUUGUGGUGAAGCAUAAGUUUCCAAUUUCCCUCUGGCCCUGAAAAUGGUGUUUUUUUGUUUUUUUUCCUGUGACUGCAAUGGUGUUUUUUUGUUUUUUUCCCUGUGGGCGGGAGGGCGGGAUAUAAAUAAAAUUUAUUAUUAUUAUUAUUAUUAUUAUUAUUAUUAUUGGAAAGGCAAGUCUUUAUCUUAAUAACAGGGAACUCAUUAUUUAUUUACUUAUCAUUAUCAUUUUGAGGGUAGAUAAUUUUUUCUAGCCUAAGUUUCUUGUGAAAAGGCCACAUUUAUCCCAUGAACCUGAGGGGCAAAGCUAACAUGUGCAGGAUCUUUUAUUGUCCCAAGUGGUAUUUUGUUGGCACAGCUUAUAUGGGACACAGGUUGGUCUUGAGCAGCUGACAUGGACAGUUACAUUGUCCCGAAGCAAGCCUAUGUUGGCUGGAGAGAGCAAGGACACAUUUGCAUUUUGUAAUCCCCCCCCUUCCCUACAAAUCUUAUGCUAAGUAAUAUUAAUGGACUGAAGGUUGUCUUCUUUUCCUCUCAUCUCUCCUUCUGUAUUAUGCUGUGGGAGCAUAAUAUGAUUAAAUUUAGGGAAAGCCAAGAAGGGGGCUUCUGGAUUUUGUUAAAGGCCCUGCUAUCUGGUCUCUCCACCUCCCACCACUCCCUGCAUAUCAUUCAAACAGGUGUGCUAACUCUAGGGGUUUAUGUGUCUUCGGCCCCCUUAGUCUUUGUUGGAAAGGGGCUGGUUCCCCUUGAUGUUGAGGGGCCCCAGCGUGCAUCAUGCAUGCACGUCACAUGCACUGUGCAUCAUGUGUCGCAGCUUCAGUGGCCAAAGCGCUCGACCUCCUCUAGAUGGUGCAACGUCACACAUGAUGCACACUGGGCCCCCUCAGUCUUGGGGGCAACUUGGCACCUCUGCAUUCAAGUAAUAAUUAAAUCAAAUUUGGGAACAUGUGUUGCCUUAUGUUGGACUGAAUACUCAUCCAGGCACAACAUACCUAAUUCUGCCUUUCCUUCACUUUCAGGAGGAUUGCCGAUUUUACCUGGUACUUGAUUGUUUCCGAGUGAUGCCCAUGAAGCGGAGGGAACGAAGGCAGCAAGACUGGUGAGACUUUCUCUGAGCUUUGUUAUGGGCUUGAUGUGUGAAUUUGCAUGGACGAAGGUUGGCUAGAAAACACUUAGAUGAGUCUUUAUAUGAGUCUGCUUGAAUCUGCAUCACAUUUUACUUAAGCUUGGUAAAUUAAACUGGGCAGAAUGAAUUGGUAUGUGUCCUUCCCAACAGUCUUAUUUUGUUAGAGCCUUACUACCUGUGAUGUGAAUGAGGUGGUUAGCAAUCAUAUUGUGGCUUUUAAAAAUUUAAGUGCCAACCCAGAGGUGCAUGUAUGGUUUUAUCUCAGAAACUCCAGGUAUGGUGAGGUGUAUGGUGUGGGAAGGUUCAAAUCUUCUACUCCCAGCCACAAUUUAAAUGAAAAUAGCCUCUGCUGCAUACCAAUUUAUAUUUGGGGAAAAUGUUUUCAUUAGCGUCCUGUGUAGUUAGGCCCUUACCUCUUUUAGUUCAGUGCUGUAGCUUUCUCAAAUUGUCAAAGAAGGGGAUUUGGAAAGAUGACAGGCAGUGUCCCCUGGAGGCAGCCAUUCAUUUUUGAGAGAAUUGCUACUUAGUGAUGUUUUUGUUACUGGAAAUUGAAGCUGCAAAUUGGUUGUUUUUAAAAAUCAAAAUAAUAAUAAUUCUCCAAGUGGCUUUGGUAACUUUUGAUGGGCUUGGGAUCUACCAUAUUCAGAAACUAAGAGUAUUCUGUAAUUUUUUGUAUGAUCGAUCAGGUUUCGAAAGCCAUUCUUUAAUCCAUUUGUUCUUCUGCUCUGAGAAGCUUAAGUGGUAACUUUGGACUAUGGUGAAAAGCUGGGAAUGCUAAGAUGUCAUCUUUUUAUAGCAACCGGGAGCCCUCAGUACUGGAGAAGAUAAAGGAACUGUGGCAGUAAGUACAUGGUCCAACAGUUGUUUCUUCAUGCUUAAUAUGUGAGUUAGCUUAAGAUAGCUGUGGAAAUAUUCUAUGUGGGGACUUCCGGGGUGGCGCCUCCGGAAAAUGGCGGAAUUCCCUUCGGACUGAAGGGAACCCGCUGCACGGAGGCUUGGGUCCUGCCGCUACGGCGCAGCGGGGACCCGCAAAAACCACAGGCGGAAGAAGCCUGUGGACGUGGGACUCGGCGGGCACCGAGAGCGCUCUCUCCCCUUGUACAGGAGCUCGGUAACGGGCUCCGGAGUGGGAGGUGCGUGGUGCUGUGAGUCGUCUGCUUCCUCCGUGCAGCAAAGCCGCACUGCCGUUAUCGGAGAGCGCUGCCUUUUUCCUGGACAAUUUGGCAUCUAAAAUAUCUAUCCGUGAGUACCUGAUCUUGGAAGAGCUGAACCACUUUUAAGAUUGGUGGAAAAACAAAUAAUAUUGGACUUGAAAUUGAACUUAAUUGGGACUCGGAAUGGAAAGGUCUAAACAGGAAGUCGCCUUCCGUUCUUUUGUUAUGUGAAGAAAGCAAAGACAAAAUAUAUCAAAGCUUGAAAAUUAAAUUCUAAGAGAACUAGAAUUCAACAUCUAAGAUUUCUGAACCCCCCCUUCGACUGCAGGAGAAGAAGGGGGUUGUAUUUGGACUCUCCAAUCCUGCGGAAGUGAGUCUAAAAUAAAGUAAUUUUCCACCGCCCUGAACCAGGAGCGGGCUGUCAGAAUUGACGUUCUGAAGUUUAUCUAGCUUGAUAGUUAGUUAAAAGAAGGGUAACAUUUUGAUUCUACUGUUGCCUCUUGAAUUUGGAAGGGGGAAUUUUGGAUAAAGUGUUUCUGGAAAAAGAAAGAUUGUUGCAAUUGUAAUGCAGAGAGAUUAAAAGAGAAGGACUAUUGGACUAUUGUCGUGGGAAAGAAUUUUUUUCUUGACCUUGAAGAACAAUGCUAGUACAAAGGCUUGAACAAUUGUUUAUGGAAGGUUUCUCAAAACUAAGUGCCCAGCUGGACCAGAUGCGUCAGGAGACGACCUUGAUGAUGGAAGUCACCAGAGCACAGCAGCAAACAAAUGAAAUUCAGUUAAAGGCUAUACAAGUAUAUGAACCUGCUGUAGCGACGGAGGCUUCAGAGAUGGAGGGACCUUUGGACGGGCAAGAUCAACCUUUGAACUUGACAAAUGAACUUGGGACAAACCAGACUCGGAAAGAUGAAAUGUGGUCAGAUUUGGAAAUGGGGGGAUGGAUCGACCCCCCUCCAUAUAGUUAUUUGGACCUUCCGAGUCUGGUGAUGGGCUAUCAGAGGAUUGGAGUAGCUGAAGUCUCCAAGCUUUGUGGAAAUCUGAAGAAUACUUGCUGUCUGGCUUGGGCAAUGGGUUUGGGAUGGACUUGCUGCAAAGGGUCAAAAGCAUUUUCUUGCUGGAGCAUCCACGACUGGAAAGGAAUCAUCAACAAGAGUGGCGAAAGGGGCAAGAAAGAGACUUGAGGGCCUCGGAUACGAGACAACCAGGUUAAGAGGCUAAAAGGACUGACAAUCCCGGGUCCAGGGGAGGGGAGGGUGGAAGCUGACUGGACUGAAUUUGACUUAAUACUUUUUCUUUUUUCUUUUUUAAUAUUGGGAAUGCUUAUAAAUGUUUGAAGGAUGUUGAAUGAAAUUACAUGGCUUUAGUAAGGAUUGGUAAAUGACUUGUAAAAAGAUUUAAAGUUUUUAUAUGACAAGAGGGAAAAUAGAAUAAGGAAAUGUAAGGACAGAGCGUUAUGAAAAAACAGAAAGGAUUUGCUGUAAAGAUUAAAAAUUAAGAAACAAAAGAGGGGAGGGGGAGGAAGUCUAGAAAGGAAGUCAAUAGAGAUUGUAAAGGACUUUAUAAUUUUGUUUUUCUGUUUUUCUUUUUCUUUCUUUGCGGCUGGGUUUUCUUUUCUUUUUUUUUGUCUAUGUACUAUUUUUGUUUUUUGUAUCUUCAAUUUUUUUUACUUUUUCUUUUUUUGGAAAUUUUUGUUGUUAUUCUUUGAAAAGCUAAUAAAUAUCAAUUAUAAAAAAAAAAAAAAGGAAAUAUUCUAUGUGGCUUACCAAAACACGUUUCAGGUUCUGUUUUGCACAUAUUAGUAAGGUUUUUGUUUUAGAACAGUCAGAGCUCAAAACUUCAGGUUCUCAGUACAGAAAGGGCUAUUGUGAAGAUAACAUGGAAUAACCUUCAUGGACACCACUCUGAACUCCUUGGAGGAAGGAUAGUGCAAUGAACAGCAAGAUAUAUUACUGGAAUUGAUCGAUAGUUCUGUAUGUACAGACAAUAACUUUUCACUAGAUGAUGAUAUAGACUCUACUAUAUAGGAAUCGUCCAUAGUCCACACAUCAGUUUUUCUUUCUCUUGUUUCAAAUGCCAAAUUUUACAGUAGAACAUGUUUGUAAGGAAAAUUAUUAGGAAGCUAAUAGUCCCUUAACUGAGAUAUUUACUUUCUUGUAAUCAAUCCAGAAGUAGAGAAAGAAUGAGCUGUUCAGAAAGAAGGAGGGAUUUACUAUACUAGCCAUUUCUAAGAUGUCAUAACAAGUAUUUUGGGAUAGGGAUGUGCUAAAAUGUCAUCCUUAGAGUGGAUCAAACUGGGUCAGAUAAAAUCAAUUAACAGCCAAAUUUGUUUCAGACAUAAAAAGGAGGUUGUUUGAAGGUUUUGCAAACCCAUUGCCAUUCUUAACUCUAGGUUCUGUUUUGUUUGUGUCUUUCAGGAAAAGCCUUGCUCUCCAGCCCUGGUCCAGCUCAGGUAUUGUAUAGUGAGCAUUGGACGUUUCUAAAGGGAAAUCCUAGUGUAACAUAAUAGAAGGGGCUGGUUGGUAUAAGAUUAAUUAAGUCUCCAUAUCAUACUUGCAUCAUGCAGUACUGCAAGCCCGCAACCUAUGUGGAACUGCACAUAAAUGACAAAACACAUAAAGCCAGGAAGACCUGUAAGAAGCCAUAAAAAAACCAAGUUUAAAAAACCUCUUCCCCUUGCUUCCGGACCACUUUUCAGAUCAACUCCCAUCACUCUCAGACCACCCCCACUUGCUCAGUCAGCCUUCCCCACACAUUCCAGAUGACUUUUGCUCACUUUCAGGUCACUUUCCCCUUGCUCUCCAUGCAAUUGCUAGACCCUUUCUCACUCUGAUUCUCUGAAGGUGCCCAGACACUCUCCCAGGUGACAGCAAUGGCAGAUGGGAUUGGCAACUGUUGUUUCUCUACCACAUUUUGAUUUAACCCUAUUUUUCCUGUGGUUUUCGGAUUUAUUUGUUUAUUUUUUGGUCACCCGCAUAAGGUUGUGAUUGCAUAAGUAAAGUGAGUGUAAGUUUCAGGCUUACUGUAAGUGGUUUUUCUGUCCCUUAUUGCCUUAACAGAGAAUUGAUGGGUGUUUGCAUUGCAUAGCUCUGUGUCACUUUGAUUUAUUUAUUCCUAAGAUUUCUUUCUUGCCCUUUACCAGAUCCCAGGGCAGGUUACAACAAUAUAAUACACAAUUGUAAAACAAAUAAAAACAUUACAGUUCUAAGAAUGGGUAAAACUGUUUUAGCCAGAUUAGUAUACAUUCAACAAAAGAGGUGGAUUCCACUAAACAAAAUCCCUUAUCAGUGGACAACGGUGCAUCUGGGCCACUUACAGCAGAGGACAAACAUUUUGUAAUCUGCUUUUAGAUAGCAAGAUUACAUCCUGAUUUAUGUGUUUUGCUGACAGUAGAAAUUUUCACCUUGUUAUUGCCAGAAUAUGUUUACCUUGGAUCAAAUUACAAAAAGACUGAUGCAAGCAUAUUUCUGACUAACUUUUAAAAUUGGCCUAGUGUUGUAGGCAUCUGUUUCAUUUUCAUUUAGCUCUAAUACGAAAUGUUAUGGGACUCUUGUUCCAAAGCUAACACCCUAUUUUACUGUGCACAUUUCCUUUUCCUGUAAAGAGCCAUCAUCUGUUUCUGAAGUACUGCAGGAGAUAAAGCAGGAUCGACUCAGUACUUUAAAAGAAAAUGCCAAGGAUUGUCUCAGUUUAUUGAACCCCAGCAAGCUGUUGGAUUCUGAGCAGUUGGCUGUAUAUCCUGACACCAAAUGGCAGGUGGAACGCAAGCAAGAUAAGGUCUGUUCUCUGUUCUGCCUGUGACAUCUCAACUGAAAAUCACAGGGAUGGGGUGUGUGGGUGUGAUGGUUGAAUGGGUAGAUAGAUGAUGGAAGAAUAAAGAAUAAAAAAUACAGAUCAAAACUGAUAAAACCUUCAUCCCUGAAAGUAAAGCAGAUGUCAGGUUUUUUUAUUUCUCAAAUCAGUGGAUCUGGUAGAAUUUCCAUACUGGCUGUAAAUGGCUGAGAUUUGCUCACCAGGGUCCCUUAUUUUCUAUUUUAUUGGACAAUUAUGUAAUUGGUAAGAUUUAUUGGCCUGUUAAGCAUUGGCUGGGUCUGCGUGGAUCUGUUGUGCUAUGCAGGGAAGCAGAAGUGGAGUAACAAUUCUGAUUUCAGGUUCACAAGAAUGUCUUUGCCAUCCCAGCCAAGCUGUUGACGAUCAGUGCAGAAAAUGAAGCAUUACUUCACAAGUCCUACCUACCAAGUGAGUGCCAGAGUGCUGGGUGAAAGAUUACCUUAGUUAAGGAUGGGGCCUUCCUUAUGCUGUUGGGCCCAUCAGCCCCAGGCAGCAUGGUCAAUAGCUAGGGGUUGUGAGAACUGUAACUGAGUAUUCAGAGUGCUCCCCAUUCUUCCUCUAGCCUAUGAAUUUGCCACAUUACUUUAUUACGAAGCAGUUCUGUUUAUUUCAGAAUAUCAAGUGUCCCUAGAACUUCAUAACUAAAUGCCAUCAUUUUAAUGGUAAUCCAUAAGGACUAACAAAGCCUAAGUAUGUUUGAGAGACCAAGGUUGACGUUUUGUGGACAGAGAAUUCUGUGACCACAACCAGGAGCUACAUUUUAAUAUCCAAGCUACUGUAGAAGGGAGAGUGCAAGGUCUGGCUGUUUUUAUUGUCCACCACUGCUGUUUUUUUGUGCAGAAUCUCAUAGAUCUUAUAAUCUUGCUACCAUUAAAAUGAUCAUUAUGAAUUAAGGGUGAGGGCUGCUGUGAGCUGAGGUGGUGCAUUUGUCAGAUAAGAGGAACUGAAUCUGGCCCACCCUCCACAGGCCAGGUGGACAGGCUACCAAUCCCCUGGCAUCUUAUGAUGUCAGGUGAUUCAAAGUUCAAGUUUCACAGUACUAAGAUCACAUAUAAGCCUCUGCCUGCUGCCUUUUAAAGAGCAAGUAAGAGUUUUUGGUGUCUGGUGCCUUUUCCCCCCAUGCUUCAUUUUAAAGACUAGUCAAAGUGUUAAGAUCGGAGAUAAGAGAAAUGCUGCCUAGUCUUUCACAGUCUUGUUUCCUUGGUAGGUGAAGACACCUCUUCGUCCAGCCCUUUGGGGAGGGGUAAAGUGUAAUGGGGAUGGAAAAGUGCUUUUGCUUGCUGCUUCUGCCUCUUGGUUUGGUUGUUGUGAUAUUUAUGGUGAUUUUCAUUCCAAUUUUUUACUGAUGGUGUUAAUUUUUUAAUGGCUGGUUCUAAUACAUGUCUCUUUGGGGGAGUCCGUGCUAAAAAUCAGAUUGUCCUUUAUCUUACAGAGCCCUCUCAAGCUAUUCUUGAGAGUACUCAAGAUGAUGAGCAAAGUACUGUAUCUUUUUUCAGUGGUGAGUAGCAGUAGUUGUCUCUCUGCCUGCAAGGCCACAAAAGCAAUGUAUGGCUUUUCUGUUGACACAAGUGCAGCUUUCUACUUAAGGGGAUAUCACAUUAUCUAAAAGACACCUUGGUCCACAACUGAGCUCUCAAAGUCUAGAAGACUACAGUGGUACCUCAGGUUAAGUACUUAAUUCGUUCCGGAGGUCCGUACGUAACCUGAAACUGUUCUUAACCUGAAGCACCACUUUAGCUAAUGGGGCCUUCCGCUGCUGCUGCGCUGCCGGAGCACGAUUUCUGUUCUCAUCCUGAAGCAAAGUUCUUAACCUGAAGCACUAUUUCUGGGUUAACGGAGUCUGUAACCUGAAGCGUAUGUAACCUGAAGUGUAUGUAACCUGAGGUACCACUGUAUUAUGAAAUCAGUAGUUUUACAGAUAAUGGUUGCUUGUCUGUAUCCAAAGCUCCUACUGAGCAGCAUCUCAAUAAUAGUCAUAGGAAGUUGAAUUUCAUUUGGUGCCCAACUUUGUAAGCCAAGAGUGGAAACCUCUUUCUGCCUGAGUAUCGCAUUCCCUAGUGGGCAGUCUUCUGGGUGCCACAUGCCAGUGGUUGGCAGGGCAAUGGGUGUAGAGAGUUAUUGUUUGUUACUAUGGUGUUUUUUGUGUUUUUAUACUGUAAACCAUCCUGUGAUCCUUGGAUGAAGGGUGGUAUAUUAUUAUUAUUAUUAUUAUUAUUAUUAUUAUUCACCAAACUAAUAAAUCUGCUGAGACCUUGAAAUGCUGCAGCAAGUGCCCUUGACUCAGUUACAAGGAAAGCUGACAAAUGUGAAGUUCACUUGCUUAUGCUUCUUAAUCUAUCUAAUGAGUUCUGGAUAGUGGUGGUUGAGAGCCAUGUGCUCUGUAAUCUCUUCAAAACCUGACAAUAUUCAUGCUUCAUAUCCAUUUACUGUAGGCUCAGAUACAUCUGGUGGCUUGCUUUGCUAUUAGAUUUUGGGAUGAAACCUUAUAAGGACUAAGGAGCACAUUGAUAACUACAGAUGUGCAGUUCUGAUUGAUUGAUUGAUUGAUUGAUAAAUUUAUUGUCAUUGUCCGUAUAUACACAGUAUACACAACAACGAAAAUCAAACACCCACCCGAAGACCGGGUUCACAUACACAUUUACACGUAUCUCCAACACUCUCAUCCUAUUCAGACAUAAUCUCUAAAAACAUAUCAUACUCCAGAAUGUAACAUAACCUAUUAAAAGCAUAACAUAACCUAAAAACCUGUCUCAUUCCUUCCUACUCCCUGCUUGCUAUUUCUUGCAACUGGCCCUGAGAUCAUUAUUUAGUGCAAUCAGAGCUCUUGGAUAGAAACUAUUCAGAAGGCGUGUGGUUCGUGUUUUCAUUGUCCUAUAUCUUCUGCCCGAAGGCAACAGUUCAAAGAAGUUGUGAGCAGGAUGGGUGGGAUCUCUCAGGAUAUUGUGUGACUUCUUCAAAGUGCGAGACGUGAAGAUCUCAUCCAGGGUUGGUAGUUGGAGCCCAAUAACAUUCUGGGCAAUUUUAAUUAUUCUCUGUAGAGCUUUUUAUCCGUUUCAGAGCUGCUCCCAUACCACGAUAAUAUACUAUAUGUUAAGACACUCUCGAUGGUACUGUGAUAAUAGGACAGAAGUAGGUGCUGAGAUAGAUUCAGUCCCCUGAGCAUUCUCAGGAAAUACAACCUCCCCUGCACCUUCCUCACAGCCAUAUUAAUAUUUGCAGUCCAUGAGAGGUCCUCAGAGAUGUAAGUGCCCAGGUAUUUAAAACUACCAACCCUCUCCACCUCCUCGCCAUUUAUGUGCAAUGGUAAAAAUACGCUUUUCUUUCUCCUAAAGUCAAUUAUGAGUUCUUUGGUUUUUUGGUGUUAAGCAUAAGAUUGUUUUCUUUACACCAUUGAAUUAACCCCUGUACUUCUUUCCUAUAAGCAGUCUCAUCGUUCUCACUAAUGAGCCCCACCACUGUUGUAUCAUCCGCAAAUUUGAUGAUUGUGUUGGACUUAUACAGUGGGGUGCAAUCAAAUGUGUACAGGGAAUAGAGAAAGGGACUUAGCACACAUCCCUGAGGGGCUCCUGUGCUUAAUACUAGAGUAGAAGAAUAGUAAGGGCCCAUUCUCACUGUCUGCGGCCUAUCAGUCAGGAAAUUCCUUACCCACAGACAGAUCUUCUGAUGUAUACCCAAAUUGGUCAUUUUAAGAAAUAACCUGUCUGGCAGAAUUGUAUUGAAGGCAGAACUGUAGUCCACAAACAACAGCCUUGCGUAGGUUCCCUGUCGUUCUAGAUGACUCAGUACAGUAUGGACAGCGAUGGAAAUAGCAUCAUCAGUAGAUCUAUUUCUUCUGUAUGCAAACUGGAACGGGUCUAGAGUGGAUGGAAGACCAGCCUUAAUAUGAUCUAGCACCAAUCUCUCAAAACAUUUCAUAACAACAGAUGUUAAGGCUAUUGGUCUAUAGUCAUUGAGAGAUACCACCACUGACUGCUUGGGGACUGGCACUAUAAUCGAUGUCUUCAGGCAGGUAGGGACAGAACCCUGCAACAGGGAUAGAUUAAAAAUGUCCGUAAACACACCAGCUAAUUCUGCAGCGCAGUCCCUAAUAGCCCGUCCCAUAAUUCCAUCCGGUCCAGCUGCCUUCCUAAUGUUAAUGCUCCGAAAGGCACGUUGUACGUCACAGGUCUGUAAUAAAAAUGGUUGUCUAUCAGUAGUAGUUUCUGAUGAUGUGCUGGUAGCCAAUGCUGUAGUGACGGUAGUUCCAGUUCCCACCUCAAAGCGACUAAAAAAUUGAUUCAGUUGAUCAGCCAGGUGCGCACUGCUGCUAGCCAGUUCGUUUUUAAUAUUUUGCCCUGUAAUUCUCCAGUAUAGCAUGAAUUUUUUAAUAGGUGUUAUUUGACAGGGAAAAAACAUUUGUGACCGUGGAUGGCUGAAAGUAGUCUCAUAUGCGGCCAGGGAGCCUUGAAAGGAUGUGGAGAUAAGAUAUCAAAUGCCACCCCCCAAGCUACAAUGCUGUGCAUGUGGUUCAAAGCUAUUCCAUAAGCAUUAGUAGAUGUAACUUCAGAACCUCUGCUCUUAUUUUUCCACUAAACUAAUUUCUGAAAACCUGCUCUGCAGAUGAUAUUUUUAAUGAUCUUGAACUUACUUUGAGGGCAGACCAUGCUCCACCUUAACACAGCUUGGGAGGGGAGAGGGUAGUUCUGUCCUACUUUGGUUAUACCGGCUGCCUUCUUGAAAGAGAGAAUUUCUAGAAUGUUUGAAUGUCCAGAGCUCUUUCCCAUUACUUUAACCUGACCUCAGGGUCGCCUGCACCUUUAAGAGGCCUAUUUGCAGGGAAACAGUUGAUUGCACUCUUUUUUUUUUUUGGCAGCUGAAUCUGAAAGCCCAGAUGGUUCCUUAGAAAACCCUUGGGAUGAAAUUCCAGGAAUGACUCUGUCCACCUCCAGUGGUGAGUAUUUAUGUUGUUGUCCUACUGCCUGUGAAGAAAGUUGUUCUGUUUCUCUUUGUACCAGGUAUUUGCAUCAGUGGAUAUUUCUUUUGGCCUUGAUAGUAAAGAUGAAGUAUAAUUGGAAUUUUCAGCAUGAAAGAAAGUCAGACUGUUUUAUUGAAGAAAUCAAAUACAAAUGACACAAGAAGUUAAGUGUUGAUGUUUUUAAUUGAUAUUUUGAUUUAUUAAAAAAAUUGUAGUUUAGGCUGCUAAACGUUUCUGUGAUUCAGUGUUCUCAAGGUUUCAAAAAUUAAACUUUUAUUUAUUUUGCUCCUUUCUUGCUUUCAAAAUAAUGAGGUUUGGGCACUAUCCAGCUAAAGUUAAGUGAUGCAAGUCAUUUGUUUUAGAAAUCAAUGGAACCUAGAUAUUCUAAACUUUGGGUGGAUUGUGAUGUCUGAAAAUUAUAUUCUCAAUUUUUUUUGAAGAGAUACUUGGGAAAUGACAUGCAUACUUAAUUCACAGUGAAGCAAAAACAUUACCAGGCAUCCUUAGUAGUGCAAGUAUGUCCAUCUUGAGUUUCUACUAGAAACUGGCAGCCGGAAUAAUCUGAUUUUGUUGCAGCCACACUUGCUGUCUUUAAAUAUCAUAGGUGUUAACUGGUGGUUGGUUUUGCUUGUUUUUUACAUUCUGGUUGGAAACAGUGGCUAAAUUGGGCCGGUCUCUUCCAUGCUUCAACACUUUCUCCUUCCCAGUGCUAUUUUUCUAGAAACCCUAGAGAGCUGCUGCCAGUAAGUGUAGACAAUAAUGACCUAGAAGUCAGCAAAUAUGUCCUCUUUUUUCCUCUUCAAAAUAUGGCAACUCUACCAUGAACACAUCCCUUGUUCUCUUAGAGUAGCAAUGGUGCCCACCUGAGAGGUGCUGGAACUGAGUUCCUGUGAAUUCCCUCUGAAAAAAAGCCCUGCCAACACCAUAGUUCACUUCACCAUCUUUCUGCUUUGUAAGAUGAGACACAAAGGGCUUUUUACCCUUCUCCUACAGUGUGAAUAGCAAUUUGCAGAAGCUUUCCUUUACUAUGCACCUCUGCUGUUCAUGCCAUUCGCUUAUGCCAUUGCUCUUGCAGGGAUAUGAGCAACAGGGCUGCAUUAUAAGAUAGUGGGCAUUGCCAAAGCCUCUGACUCUUUUCAUAUUGAGGGUGAGAGAGUUAAAUGGGUAUUUGUCUGUGUCUUGGGCCCAAAUCUAAAAUAAUGAAGGAGGUUAUGAUCCAAUCUAAAUUUUGUUAUUAAAGUGCCUAUGUCGGGCUUAAGUUUUGAUUGAGCUGGAAAAGGAAACCACCACAUUCUUCUUUGAAGCUGCUGUAAGCCUCAUUUGAGUGUUUUUUUCUCCAGUGAGACAAACAGCAACUAGGGAGUUGGAAGCUAGGUUGAGAUAAUGGGAUAGGCAGGAAAGAGUCAACCAACCCCCCCCCCCCCGUGCCGCCUGUUGUUACUUGAAUCAAAAUGUGAACUCUUUGUGCUGCUUUAAAGGAAACACACACACAAAAGAGAGAUAUCACUCACUGAUCUCUUGCAUUACACCCCAUUUGGCUCAUACUUUGAAUUAGACAAGUCUGUGGGUAAAGUGUUACAGGGGAAAAUGGAAAAUUGGUUGCUGACCAGAUGUGUAAAACCUACCUGUGGGCUAGGGCAUGUUGAAUUUUUCAACUUUCAAAUUCCAAAAAUGAGGGGUGCUAAAAAGUUGUUAACAUGAUUUGGGAAUUCAAAAAAAUACUUUGGUUAAAUAAAUAUAAUUUUGUUUUGCUUGGUAAUUAAAAUGUGUGGGAAAGUGCAUAGAAAUCAUUAGAAAUGAUUGCCAAGUAUUUGCAGUUAUACAAUAUAUUUAAUACAUAUUUUAUAUUACCUGACACUUUCAGAAGGUUAAACAUCUUUUUUUGUGUUUUCCAAGAGUUUAUUUGCUUCUUAAUCAAAUGUAGACUUGGUAAGCUAAAUGUCUAAUCACAAAAAUAGCAGAUUUGAAUUUCUCACAUCCAAAAGCAUAUUUUUAAGAUUCCCCCCAAAUGAAGAAAUUUGCAAAAAUUAAAUUUUACCCACUAAGAUGACAUGCUCUACUGUGGCACUAAUCUCAAAUUAUUUAUAUUAUAGUUGUCCUCCUGUCAUGGCCUAUCUGGAGCCUACAUUGUCAUCUAGCCAGUCAAAAUCUCUUACAAAUCAGGUUCACGUCCCUGUUCCUGUCCCCUUGAAAUGGCAGAAUUACCCACAUGCAAAUAGCCUUCAGAAUAUCGUGUAAUUCUUGGUUAUAUUUGCAAGUAGCUGUGUAUAUUUUAUGUUGACUUGACUUUCACAGCCAUUCUUUUUGAGAUCAUUUGUACCAGGUUCACAGUAGCCUGCUUGUUUUCUUAUAUGACUUAAAAGUAGUUGUGUGUUUCCAUUUUUGCUUUGGCAGACACAUCUGGUAUAUCACACAGUCUCCCCUGCGCGCAGCAAGUGCUCAUGGCUAAUACUGCCGGGGAAGAAGAGACUCCACGCUCCAACAGCUGCACCCCAGAUUUGCUGGAACCUCGUGUUCAUGUGUCCCACUGUAGCUCUGGCCAGGAUGCGCCAAAAGAGACUGUGUCCCCAUCACUACUUCCUUUUCACAGCAGUACAUCUCUCAAGGAAUCUGCCAGUCAAAAAUCCAGCUCUGUUGCAUUGAUCACUGCACGUAGUGUCAGCAAAACUGCAAAUACUGAUGAAACCAUUCCCUGUGGCCCAUCACUGAGGAAUUCACAUUCUCACACUAAUAUGUGCCUUCGCUCUUCUGUCCACUCCCCAAUUCAGAGAAAUAUCUCUCUUGGGUCCUUGUCUGAAAAUAAAGAGGAAGAUCAUAUGGCCCAUUUGCAGAGGGAUCAGACUUCGGUGAGAAGAUCUGGGGAGAAAUUCCUGGACAUAAGCAGGACAUGUGUGGCAGCUAAAAGGAAACAAAUGACUCUAGAUGAGGAGCCUACUGAGACUUUCUCUGGUCCCACAUGUACCAGUCUGAAAGCCCUAGGGCAGCAUACUACCACGGCCUUUCCAGAAUCCAGUAAUAUGGAAUUGGUAGCUAUGAACAUGUCCAAAAAGAGCCGGAUAAAGGAGAUGCAAGUUCAACAGCAUCAGGUAUCAGCCCAAUUUAGAUGCACAGAGGGAGUCCUGGGAAAGGGAAGGGAGCCAGGAGCCUCAAAAGUCAUCACUAGGCCAGAAGAACAGCUUGGAGUUCAACAGCUGGUAAAUCUGAUCUGGGUGAACAAUGAUGGUAAAAACCCUUUGAAACACUGGUUGAUAGCCAGGAUUCUCAUAGUGUGAGUAGGGGCUCCCUGACAACUGUUUGAGAAAGCCUGGUCUCUUCUUUGCCCCCACUCCAAAUAUUGUAUUUAUGUUUGAUUCUACCAAUAGGCAGAAUGUAGAGUUUUAUAGUCACUUGUGCAACGUGAAUGACUUUUCCUCACCAGUUGUGUGGCCUCAUGGCUUGAAAUCCCUGUCUCUUCCCUUCUUCCCAUCCUCCCUGCAGAGAGUGGUUUGGGAAAGAAGUAGCCUGUAAAUCUCAAAAUACAGAGCAAGGUAGCAAACCUGACUUCAAAUUCACAAAUCUGCUUCUGUUCCUUCCUGCAGGAGUGUGUGAGAGGAGCCCCUUUUCAUUUUACGUACAUGCCACCAACAUCUGAACUCUGCUCCCAAGUGCACUCUACAAGGUUAGUGUAUUUCCAAGCUAGUAAUACUUGAAGUGAUAUGGGAGACAGAGGGAUUGCUCUGCAUAGAGUCCAAAGGAACUGUGCCUACUGCAGGAACAGGAGAGAAAUAACUGGGAGAAGGUAAAAGUAAUUGUUCAAUGACUGCUGCCUUCCAUAAGAUCUUGCUAAUGAUAUACCGGUAUUUUUAUUUUGAGGAAUAUGACACAGCAGGCAAGAAUGAUCUGCUUAUCCACCAUCCUAUGAUCCUAUUUUCACAUUGUUUCCUGUUUUUGUUUUUGUUUUGCAGGAUCUCAAGAGCAUUGCUGGCAUGGGCAUGCUGGGUUUUCAACAGCACACAGAAAUGAUAGUCUUUGCUGAAGUUUCUUGUUCUUCUCAGGUUGGAUUUAUGUAGUCACCUUUGCCAUAUUAUAAUGAUUAGUACCUUACAUAUUAAAAUAAAUUUUUGAAAACAAGUGUUUAGUAUUUUAACCUUUAAAGGUUUUAACCUUUAAAGCCCUAUACGGCCUAGGACCCUCGUACCUACAGGACCGCCUCUCCUGGUAUGUCCCACAGAGGAACUUACGGUCUUCAAAUAAAAACAUCCUGAAGGUCCCAGGCCACAGAGAGGUUAGGCUGGCCUCAACUAGAGCCAGGGCUUUAUCGGCUGCGGCUCCAAUCUGGUGGAACGCUCUGUCACAAGAGACUAGGGCCCUGCAGGACUUGACAUCUUUCCGCAGGGCCUGCAAGACAGAGCUGUUCCACCAGGCCUUUGGUCAGGGCGAAGCCUGACUCCCUCCUUUGGCAGUCUUUACAGGACUUUAGCCUACGGUUGCCAUCAAUUUGAUUUUAAUUUUAUAAUGUUUUUAGAAUGUUGCACUAUUUUAUUGUUGUUAGCCGCCCUGAGCCCGGCUUCGGCUGGGGAGGGCAGGAUAUAAAUAAAAAAUUUUAUUAUUAUUAGUAUAUAUAAUGGCUCAAAAGAAAGGAACUGACUUCACAUGUGUGCCAGCAGUUGUAAAGCAGAGGCUAUUCUGCUUUUGUCACAAGGGGAUAUGUUAGCUGCUUCCACAGGGGAUGGCCAAAUAACAAUACCACAGUACAAUCUUGUAGCGCAUGCUGUUCCUAGAACCAGUGAUCAGAAAGUAAGCUGACCAUACUAAAUUUUUGUUCUCUAAGAGCGUAAGACCCAUUUAGUCCAGCAUCCUGUUCUCACUGUGGUUAACCAGGUGCCUAUGGGAAGCACGCAGGCUGGACACGAGUGCAACAGCAUUCUCCCCACUUGUGCUCCUCAACUAUUCAGAGGCAUACCAAUUCCAAUACUAUCACCAUUGCUAGUAGCCACCAAUAGCCUUAUUCUCUAUGACGUAGUCUAAACCCCUUUAAUGCCAUUCAAGUUGGUGGCCAUUACUUCAUCUUACAGUAGCAAAUUUCAUCAUUUUCACUAUGCACUGUGUUAGAAAUACUUCCUUUUAUCUGUCCUGAUUCUUUCAACAUUCAGUUUCACUGAAUGGCCCUGGGUUUUAGUGUUAGAGAGGGAGAAAAACUUUCUCCAUGCUUAAUUUAGACACCUCUAUUAUGUCAUCAUUGUCCCCCAUUCAUCUUUGCUUUAAACUAAGAAGCCACAUAUGUUGCAACCUUUCCUCAUGGGGGAGUUGUUCCAGCCCCAUUCUUAUUUUGCUUGUCCUUUGCUGAACUUUUUCCAAUUCUACAAUAUCCUUUUUGAGAUGCAGUGAGACUAGAACAGAACACACUAUUCAAACUGCGGUCACACCACAGUUUUUAAUAAGAGCAUUAUGACAUUGGUAGUGCUGUUUUAAUCAUUUCCCAAAGGCUCCCUAAAAUGGAAUUUGCCUUUUUCACAGCUGUCGCACCCUGGGCCAACAUCUUCAAGAAGUUAUCCACUACGACUCCAGUUUGGAUGCCAUAAGAGUGAGGUUGGGAUUUUAAUGCUUUCUACCAGUUUUCCUGGAACAGAUAGUAAGCUGACCGGGCUGUAAUUUCCUUGAUUCUACUUGGAUCCUUUCUUUAAAAUUGGAGUUAACUUUCCAGUGUUUAGAUAUAGAGGCUGAUCUUAGGGGCAAAUUAAGAACUUGAGUGGAUGACAUGUGGACCUGUUAUUUUUUUCAUCUUUAAUUUCUGAGUAAGGGCUGGAAUUUUAUCUCUUCUCACCACUAUUUGCCUCAAACUCCUUCCUGACAAGGUUCACGCACAUGGAUCUGGCCAUUACCUUUCACAAUGAAGACAGAUGCACAACAUUCAUUCAGCUUCUCUGGAAUCUCCUUUUUCUCCUGUAGUACACCUUUGAUUCCCUUGCCAUCAAUAGGUCAAAUUGCCUCCCUAGCAGGUUUCCUGCUCCAGUGUAUUUCUUAUUAUUGCUAGUCUUAAGUUUUAAGCAAUAUGCUCUGCUUUUUGAAUUCCUUCUUGCCUGCUUGUAUUCUUUCGUUGUUUUAAUGAGGAUAAAACUUUUCUGAAAGAAGCCUUAUUUCCUCCAAUAGCUCAGUAGGUUAACUAUGUAGGCACAUUCCUGCCCUUGGUGGUACUUUUCCUUAUAAGCAUUAUACAUUGGAGCUGAGCUUGCUAACUCUAUUUAUUUAUUUAUAAUAAAUAAAUAACCAAUAAAAAGUAAAGAAACAUUAUAUGGAACCUACUCCAUUUAAGUUUUGUAUUCAUAUUUCCUGUUCAGUUUCUUUAAAAAAAUGAAAUGAGAAUAAAGAAUAUUGAUUGCCUAAGUGUCAAUGGGAUAUUAACAAGCUGAAAUGUGUGCAGAGGGCUACCAAUAUGAUAAAGGAAAGCAAGCCUUAUGAGGAACAGUUGAGGGAACUGGGUAUUUUUAGCCAGGUAAAGAGGAGAGGAGAUAGGAAUAUUUACUGUGAAUAAUACCUUCUUGUGUCAACGUCAGUUUUGAAUUGAAUUAUAGCAUGGGUCUGUAAUUAUUUUGAACAUUUCCCCAUUUCAUUUAAUUACAAAAUGUUUUAUAUAGCUUACAUGCUUGAUAAAAUGAAAACAAAUUUAGAAAAAACAGCUCUCAUAGAAAAUAUGUGCGUGCCUUUUUUCCAAAACUGAGCACAAUAACUCAAAUACUGUUUGAAAGUUUAAAUAAAACAAAUCUUUACCUUAAAUGUAAAGAAAACCAGCUAUUUGUGCUAGAAUAUAUCUUAAGUAUACAUGCAAUAUUUGCUUGGUAAUUGAUGAUAAAUACUGAAGAACAAUAUAUAGAGCUAGAUUCCCCCCUGCAUUUUAGUGUGUGUCAAAGUCUAGGAGUCUUGCAGUUUAAUUGUUAAACCAGAUUGUUCUCAAACUACAGAAGCAGGAUUCCAUGGCUGUAGCUGUGUAUAUCUCUUUCAAUAUUAUUUGGGGCUGGGGGGGGGGGCAUGAGUUCUCUGAAUGACUGAGGCUCGGUGAGAAUCUUAUUAUUACAGAUUUUCUACACCCAAAGCACUUGGAUGUAGUUAAACUCAUAAAUGAUUGUGGAGAAUGACUGAAUCUUUCAGUGUUGCGUUUAGUGAGUUUCUCAGCACUGCAAAAACUGUCUUCACCAGCUCUUGUACAAAAAAAGUGCUUUCUGUGUGAAAAUUUAACACUUGUAGUGACCUCCAUGAGCAGCUGCAGGGUCCUUAAAGCAGGGAAUGAGGAGUGCCUCUCCAGUGUUGCUGAACUCAAACCUCCCAUCAGCUCCAGCCAGCCUGGCCAAUAAUUAAGGAUGGUUGGAGCUUUAGUACCUACAACUUCUCCAUCUGUGCUUUAAAGCAUAUUGGUUAUGGUAAGUUGUUUCCUUUAAGAUGGCAUUGGGGCGGGGGGAACCUGCCUAUUUUUCUCAGAGGCGGUGAUUAGUCAUCUUGCAGUAGCUCUAAACAGAAACACUGAGUUUUUGCAAGACACCUCUCGCUUAUCCUUUUCAUGGUACUUAAGCAUCUUCUCUUUCUCCCACCUUUCUUGUACCAGCAAGACACAGAUGGAGUCUGUAAAUUGGAGGGAAAUAAAGGCAACAGUCCUAAUACCACAAUAAAUGAGAC